UCAGACGAGCAAAAACAACUCUUUUUCCAUUGGAUCAGUCAUAAAAAAAAGUGGAAAUGCAAUGAGCAGCUUAGUUGCUUGGUUUUUAGCAGCGAAAGGAAUACUCACCAAAGGCUUGUGAACAUUUCUGGAUAAAGCACUGGCUGGCUUAUUCAUCUUCGUAUGGUCAAUCGUGUUUCUGCAGGACCAAAGGAGCAGAUUGGUUAGUGAAGAAUGCUGUCAGAAGGGUACCUCAGUGGACUUGCCUACCGGAAUGACAUCCCCUGGAGUUGUGCGUCUUAUAAUGAGAACGUGGCUGAGGAAAAGGAAGAAGAGACUAACUCUGCUGCUCUUUGCUAUUCCUCUGUGGAUGAAACACAAGUCGGAAGUCUCUACCUGAGCUGCAAAUCCUCCAGCAAGUUCAUUUCUUCAGUGCAUACAAGAGAGAGUCAACACAGUAGAAAUCAGAGAAUCACAGUGCUACAGACAAAUCCCAAUCCUGUGUUUGAAAGCCCAAACGUGGCUGCAGUUGAAAUAUGUAGACACCCCAGCAGAGAGACCUUCUUGGUUCCACCUUCCUGUAAAAGUAUUUGCAAGAAUUACAAUGACUUACACAUUGCAGGGGGCCAGGUGAUGGCUGUUAAUUCAGUGACCACAGAUUUUCUCUGCGAGAGUAGUUUUGAGUACGGCCCUUUGCUGAAAUCAUCUGAGAUUCCUUUGCCAAUGGAGGAUUCCAUUUCUACUCCGCCCAGUGACUUUCCCCAAAAACCUAUCCAGCGGCAUUCAUCCUACUGGAGAAUAACCAGCAUCAAGGAGAAAAACAGCUUGCAAAUGCAGAAGCCUAUUUCUAAUGCUGUGCUGAAUGAGUAUCUGGAACAGAAGGUGGUGGAGUUAUAUAAACAGUACAUUAUGGACACCGUGUUUCAUGACAGUUCCCCUACCCAGAUUCUGGCAUCUGAACUUAUCAUGACAAGUGUGGACCAAAUUAGCCUCCAAGUGUCGAGAGAGAAGAAUCUGGAGACCUCAAAAGCCAGGGAUAUAGUCAUUAACCGCCUAUUACAGUUGGUGUCCACUGAAAUCAGUACUCCUAGUCUCCAUAUUUCACAGUAUAGCAAUGUGAAUCCAUAAUGGAGAGGAUGUUUCCAUUCCUCUUUGUUACUCUCACAGCUAAAACAACACUUCAUUCAGUUAUUCUGAGAAUGUGGAGGAGGGGUUUGGGAAGGAGUCAAGAGCUAGAGAAGUAAACAUUGGCUGGAGGUCAGGUGUGCAUUAAGAGGAAAUCUCAUAAUAUUACACAUGAGGAAGGAAUGUGGGAAGAGGGGCUAUAAAGAGUGCUUUCAAAGCCAGGGUUGUAUAGCAACAAAGCAAAAAAGAAAAAUGAUAAAAAAAGCAAAGGUAGGAUUCAUUUCAAGGAGUACAGAAAUCGAAAAAGAAGACAUGCCAAAGAAGAACACACAUCAUGGCAAAAGUAAAAGGCCAAAAGUUUCAGAGUAAAGAGUUAAGAAUGUUUGUUACUCACAAAGUCCCCCAAGUUGUUUUUUCUUGAGGGAAAUAAACUGUAGAAGGCUGCUAUAUUUGGGUAGAGAGACAGGUUCAAACAGUUUCAAAAUAUGUUUUUUCUCUCUUUUCUAUUCUGUAUCAGUAGAUCACUUAAAAUUAUGUUCUCUAUAAACAUGAAAACAGUAGCAAAUUGCAAUUGUGUUUUUAUUAUCAAAUGGAAUGGUUACUUAGAUAUAGCCACACAACAGCCACUCAAAUCUCCUAAUUCUGUUUUCUAGUGGAGAUGAAAUUUCCUAAAUGGAAAAUAUCACAUAGUGAAUAUUAAACUAUUUUGAUUUUGCUAUGUAUGAUUUUCUUGGUGAUACACAGUUAGGAAUCUUAUUUUUUCUCAUAUUCUUCUCUUCUUUUUCUCCAUGCUCUCUCGACUCUUCUGGAACCAGGAAGGGGUCUUAUGUAUCCUAAAGACAAGGUUGCAAAGUCUAGGGUCUGAUGAUAUCAAAUUAUGUAAAUUCAUGUACCAAAAUGGUGGCUUUGUGAGUGCUGCCCUGCUCUACCUCCUUCCUCUAGAUCAGGGAUUGGCAAACUGUGGUCAUUGCUCAACUCUAGCCUGACACCUGUUUUUUUUUUUUUUUAGAUGUAAUUGACACAUAACAUUAUAUUAGCUUCAGGUGUACAACAUGAUUUAAGAUUUGUAUAUAUUACAAAAUGAUCACCACAGUAAAUCUAGUUACAUCAUUUUUAAGCUCCCAUGAGCUAAGACAUUUUUAAACCAUGUAAAAAAUGAAAAAAAAAUCAAAAUAAUAUUUUGUGACAUGAAUAAAUUGUGAUAUUCAAAUUCAGUGCCCAUAAACAAGGCUGUAUUCGAAUACAGCCACACCCAUUCAGUUAUGUAUUGUCUAUGGCUGCUUUCACCCUAGGAUGGCAGAGCUGAAUAAACGUGACAGAGAACAGAUGGCCCACCAAAACCCUAAAACACUAUCGGCCUUUUACAGAAGAAGUUUGCCCAAACUGCACCACAGCAGUGCCUUGCCCAUAUAAUGCUUGCUUUGCUUAAUUCAGCUUCUCUGGGGGAAGCUAACUCUGAGAUGGAGACUGGUGAACAAGUUUAUUUGGGGGUGUUGGGAACAACCUCUGUGAUGGAGUGAGGAAAGCAGAAGAGGUUUCCACAGAGGCCUCAGGCCACCUGAGAGGGCUCUGGAGUUGGGUGGGCCUUCAAAAUAGAUCCAAGGCUUUUGGUUCUUCAGCUUGACAGGAAGGGAACGUAACCUUAGCUGAGGCAAUUCAGUGGAGGGCAAAAUUCCCAAAGUGGGAAUCCAGUGUGAGCCUUCAGCAGUCAAACUCUGGUAGCUGCUGGGGGAAUGAGUUCCUCAUCCAGAAGGAGGGAUCUGUGGAGAAAAACAGCAUCCUCUACAUUUCUCAGUAUUUGUAUCUGUAGAGUGAAUGAUUUUUUUUUUAAACAACAUAUGAUAUUGUAUAAGGAAACCGGUUAAAUAAUUAUUCAGAAAUGUUAAUCACUGUUUAAAAUAUAUCAUAAUAAUAGCUGCUAUGUAUUAAUUACCUGCUAUGUAUUAAUUACUUACUAUGUGUCUGGCACCAGGUAAAGAAUUUUGUAUGGAUUAUCUAUAUAAUUCUCAAAAGAACCUUAUGAGAGAAAGUUCCUAUUUUUUUUUUUUAAACAGAGGAGCCAGCUUGGCUCAGGGAAGUUAAGUAAUUUGUCCAGAGGCACACAUUUAGGGGUGGAACUUGUGGAACUGGAUUUAAAUCUUGUUCCAUUUAACUUGAAAAUCCUGGUUCUUAACCACUAUCACCUCCUCUCGUGUUGACCACUAUGUUUGCCUCAUUAAAUACUGGUUUUCUACUCCAAGGGAAAAGAACUCAAUCUCUUUACCAUUCUGUUACUUCAUGUUUUCUUUAUAGUGUUUUGCUUGAUAAUGUUUAUUUGCAUAUCUCCCCCCUCCAGAAUAUAAGCUUUGAUUUAUUCAUUUGUUUCUCCAUGUCCCAAACAACACUUGCACAUAGUAGACACCCAAUCAAUAUAUGUCAAAUGAAUAAAUAAGUUUUGGUUGUGAGGGGUCCUGCAUCUGGUGGUCAAAGCAAAAUGCUAUAAUAUGAAAAGCAGAAAAUUUUGACUAGAAAAAUGUACUAUUGAGAGUUCCUCCUCAAGGAGAAAAUUGACUGAAUAAAUGAGCUUAAUUUCUUAUAGCAAGUUAGUAAAUAGUAUUAAUAAAAUGCAUUAUAAUAAAAUAUUAUCGUGGAUAUUUUUCCUUUUGCUUACUUACUAAGAAAUAAUUGGUUACAAAGUAGAGACAUACCUCAGAGAUAUUGCAGGUUCAAUCCCAGACCAUCACAAUAAAGUAAAUUAUAAUCUUUUGGUUGGUGGAGGGUCUUGCCUUCAAUUUGUAAAAAAUAUAUCUGUAAAGCACAAUAAAGUGAAAUUCGAUAAAAUGAG